GUUAAGAAAAUAUAAAGAUAAUUUUAUUGUGAAUAUAAAAUAAAAAAUAUAAUAAUAGGUAUUUACUUAUAUUGAAUAUGUAUACAUAUAAAUUAUUAAUUUAUAAUUUUAAUGAGACCAUAUAUUACAUAGAAUGGUUUUUAAAAAUUAUUAUCUUAUUAUUUUAUUGAUUUUUGUUAAAUUUGAACCGAUCUAAACCGGCGAAAUUUAUUAAUUUAUAGAAAUUAUUAAUUUAUCGAGAAUUUAUAGAUGUUUUACGGUAUAUUUUUUGUUUCAAAAGAUGUUUUGUUUCAAUUCAUAUCUUAGCGGAGCUUACUGAGUUACUCGUAGCUGACUUUAAUGGAUUUAGAAUUUCAAAUAAAAAUAUGUAUAUUAUUGGCUCAAUAAUUUUAGAAUUUAUUGUAAAAUAAUAUGUUAUUAUUUAAUGGUUUACAAAAUAUGGUAAGUUCAUGAUAAGCUUAUCUGAUCUGUGACAGAAAUAAAAAGAAUUAGAGAAGAGAGGAAAAAUAUGGACAAAAAAAAGUUAGGGACUGAACCUAUUGUUUUAAUUAUGAUAUAUUCUUUUUUUUGUCAAACAAUUAUGAUAUAUUCAAUAAUCCUAAAUAAUUAACAAUUUUAACAUAUAUGGAGAAAGUAGAAAUAUAUGGCUUGGGCUUCAUCUCUAUGUUUUAUCUGAGGCUUAAUAACUUUCCAUAUGAGAUCCAUAUAUCUUCAGAGCUUAAAAAUAUUUUCAUGUAAGAGAUCCAACUUGUCAUGUUGCUGGAAUAGAAAACAAGUGUUGUAGGUGGAUGACUUCAAUGAUCGUAAUGGUCACAGUGACCUCACAUACUCAAUAAAAUUGUUGUAGGAAAAUUGAAUCUUGGUCUAGUUACCUUGUAGUUUCUUUCCAUUUGUAGUUCUACUUAUUCCGUAGCCACACGAAUCCGCCAUACUCAGAAUCUCCACUUAUUCAAUACUUGAUUCCUUGCAUCCAUGUGAGAAAAGACAGUAGCCAAUUGAUGUACCAAAUGCUCGCUUUUGCACUGGUCUGGUGACCUUGGUGAACUAAACCAUUCAAAGGUAAUAUGGCCAGUCAUUUCAAGAAUAAUUUGACAGUGAUUAAGUGAUUUGAAGAUGGUGCUAAGAUUUCUUGUCAUUUUCUUGUCACCCCACCAUAUCCUCUAUAACUAUUAUCUUGUCGGGAGCCAACUCACCAAGAUAGUUAUGGGAAAUGAUCAUAACACGUACAUUCUUGAAAGGUAAAGUGUAAUCAGAAACUGAUGAGUUGGUUCUUUCAAAGUUUUGCCAAUUUUAGAGUAUGAAAAAUUGAGAAUCAUUCACCAGGAGUUGGUUUGGCAUUUCUUUGGCACCAACAUUUAUUUCACACUUCUUCCACCUCAUCAUACUCAUGUGGAUCUUAAAACUCACAAUAGAUAUUUGUAGUGGUGAAUGUAGGUAGAAGAGGACUAAGGGUGCAAGUGCACCCACCUUUUUUCUCAAAAAAGGUUUUGUAAGGAGUUUUGUUCAAUUUUUGCACCCAUUGGAAAUUUAUUUUGCAUUCUUAAUUCCGUACAUUUGUGAUGUUGUCUUUCUAAUUUGUAUAUGUACACUAAUAUAUGCACCCACUAACAAUAUGUUCUACAUUUGUCCAUGGGUAUUUGGUAGUGAUUAUAUGUACAAGAGUAGGGAAGAAGAAUUAUGUGGGUAACAAUAUCCUCAUAACACAAUUUUGUAAUCAAAUUCAAGUCGACAAAAAUAAACUUUUGUAUAUAUUGAUAUAAAAAAACUAAAAAGUUACAAGGAUUGAUCAGAUACAGAAAGGGAUUAACUAAAGUCGAAGAACAAAAGGUGAAGUCGAGGUCGAUGUUAGGGGUGAAAGCUGCAACGUUAGGAAUGCCCUUUUUCUAUUUUUUCAUCUUCCUUUUAUAUCCCACCUUCUUUGCCUUGCUUUCGUGAUCUUCUCUCUUGCAGGUUGCCAAUCCCGAGAUCUUCGGGGUACUACUAUUGUUGAGUCAUCUUCUCCGAUGAUUGUGGAGGUUAUUCUUUUGACUCGAUCUCUUACAAUCUUUGAAUAUAUUUUUUUCGCUGAGCUUUUCAAUAAUUUCCAUCGAUUUUUGUGGGAUAUGAUCCCCAUCGUUUAGGUAUAAUUCUUCCUUAUCGCAAUCUUUCUGAGGCCAUAAAUCUCGCAGCCGCACCUUCCUUUGGAUGUACUUGUCUUUCUAGCCCAUCAUCAUUUUUUCAAAAUGAUGGCUACAUGGAAGAAGCCCAGCUAGCAGGAAUAUGAAAGGAUUCAUAGCAUGAUUUGUGUGGGUGGUUCGGAAGAGAUCCAUGUGAGUGAUUCUCUUAUGGAAGUACUAAGAGAGGAAACACGUCUCCCAUGGUCAGUUAGUGGUGACACCAAGCCUAGCAGCCGCAGUGAUGUUGCUUCAGUGGAUGUCGUUUGUACGAAUUCGAUUAACCUGUUGGGUUCUGGUGGUCGAGAUCAUCCACUAAAGAAAGUCAAAAUUGCUAAUACGGAUUUGAGUUCGAGCUCGUCGAGUGAUGGUGCUGGCGCGAGACCUUUCCAUUGGCAAUUCUAUAAGGUAAAAGAUUGCCUCAUCACUGAAGAUCUGGAUAGCGUUGCUCAUCUAGUAAGGCACUUCAAGUCUGUCGGUAGUCCGUUGCCGUCUCUUUGGAAUAUGAUGGAAUGUGACACCUAUGUGAAGAUGGCUUUUGCUCAUGCCAAGGUGCCUCCCUUGGAUCUGAUAUCUGCUUUCGCUAUUGUACUCAUCUUCCUUUAAAUGAGGUUGUUUUUCAAGCUAUGGAGGCUUAUAAUGAGUUUGGUGCGACUGUGGAGCAAAUGUUAAAGGAUGUUCCGUGUGAUGACGAGCUUAAAAAACUCAAGAAGGUCGUAAGGGAGUUGAAACUCAGUUUGAAUCUGGCUCAUGAUCGAGAAUGUGCCAACUAUGCCCCAAUGGAUGAUGCCGAAAAGCUUGGGAAUCAAGCCACUUCUCUCGAAGCUCGGUGAUCUGGAAAUGAAAGAAAAGCAGCCCUCGAGAGGGUUUCUUUGCUGGAGGCGCAGAUCAAAAUUUCGUCGGCUAAACAUGUGAAGGAUCUUCGUUUGGCUUCUUACGAAGCUAAUAUGACCCUUGGUGAUAGCUACCUCGACGUGCUCUAAAUGAGAAAUGGGAGAGAAAGUAGGUUGCAACUGACUGUAAGGUUUGUCUUCGGAAGGUCAUAUCUAACAUCAAUCUUAUCAAAAAAAAAACUAGAGAAUUUUAAAAAAGAUGUUUGUGUAAAAAUACAAAGACAUAAAUCUAAGAAAACUUAUAAAUUUACGAUAGUUAGAUUUGGAAAUUACUAAACUUACAAAAUUUACAAAUUGUAUAUAUAAAUUUCAGAUCAAGUAUGUUACAUAGUUUCUUAAACAACAUUUUAAAUUAGGUAUGUUUUUGUAACUAUGUUCAUUCAUUAAUAGUUAGUGUGCCAUUGUACAUCAUCUAUGAUUUUUUUCAACAAUAAAUAGAUAUUUUGCAAAGUUAGUAGAAGUUGAGGGGUAUAUUCAUCAAUACCUUUAACUUUCUCACUACCUAUCGAAUUCCUGCUUUUUUUUUUUUAAAGAAAACAAAAUCCGAGCAAAACCCUCGCUGAAAACGCCGCCGUUUGAAUCGCUUCCUCCGGCCAAUCUAAUCAUCGGCUCCGUCUGUAAAUUUAGAAGAAAAAAAGAAGACUCUCAAGUGUUCCUUUGCAAGAAAAGUUCUCAUCUUUUUUUUUAUAUUCCGGUCUCGUUGCGUUGCCAUCCAUGUACCUGAAAGAAGGAUGCUCGUUGCUCUUAAAAGUUCAAAAACCAAUCAUCCCCUUCGUCCUCAACACAAAUCUCAACGUGAACCUCCUCCCUCAAGCUCCAAACCCAGCAACGGAGAUCAAAGAGUCAUAUGUCGUAAAGAGGCUGAGACAAGAGCCAUGUGUCCCCUUGGCUUUGCACUUCUUCAAAUCCGUUACCAACUCAAAUCUCUUCAAGCACACGCCUUUGACAUUCGAGGUCAUGAUCAGGAAGCUAGCGGUGGACGGUCAGGUGGAUAGUGUUCAGUACCUUCUGCAGCAGAUGAAGCUCCAAGGCUUCCAGUGUUCCGAAGAUUUGUUUGUCAAUGUUAUUAGCGUGUACCGGCAAGUGGGUUUGUCUGAACGAGCCGUGGAGAUGUUUUAUAGGAUAAAGGAGUUCGGGUGUGAUCCUUCUGUUAAGAUAUAUAACCAUGUUUUGGAUACGCUACUCGGUGAGAACAGGAUUCAGAUGAUUUAUACGGUUUAUAGAGACAUGAAGAGAGAUGGGUUUGAGCCUAAUGUGUUUACUUACAAUGUGCUUCUCAAGGCUUUGUGUAAGAACAGUAAGGUGGAGGGAGCUCAGAAGUUGCUUGUGGAGAUGUCGAAUAAAGGCUGUUCUCCUGAUGCUGUGAGCUACACCACGGUGAUCUCGUCUAUGUGUGAGCUCGGUAUGGCGAAGGAAGGCAGGGAGCUCGCCGCAAGAUUUGAACCUGUCGUGAGCGUCUAUAACGCUUUGAUUAAUGGGUUAUGCAAAGAGAGUGAUUACAAAGGGGCGUUUGAGCUGAUGAGAGAGAUGGGGGAGAAGGGGGUAUCUCCUAAUGUUAUCUCAUACUCUACACUCAUCAACGCGCUUUGCAGUUUUGGAGAAACCGAGCUCUCUUUCUCGCUUCUGGCGCAGAUGUUGAAACGAGGGUGUCAUCCAAAUGUCCAUACGUUGAGUUCUCUUGUGAAGGGUUGUUUUGUGAGAGGUACGAGCAGUGAUGCUCUAGACUUGUGGAGUUCGAUGAUCAGAGGGUUUGAGUUGCAACCGAACGUUGUAGCGUUUAAUACUUUGGUACAAGGACUCUGUUCCCAUGGCGAUAUGGAGAAGGCUCUGUCUGUCUUUGCACACAUGGAAGGAAACGGAUGUUCUCCAAACAUCAGAACUUACGGCUCUCUCAUCAACGGGUUUGCCAAAAGAGGUAGCCUCAAUGGCGCUGUUGAUACAUGGAACAAGAUGCUAACUAGUGGAUGCUCCCCAAACGUUGUGGUGUAUACAAGCAUGGUGCAAGCUCUUUGUAGGCACUCCAAGUUCAGAGAAGCUGAGUCUCUUAUAGAGAUUAUGUGCAAAGAAAACUGUGCUCCUUCUGUGGCGACGUUCAAUGCCUUUAUCAAAGGCUUAUGCGAUGCAGGGAGGCUUGACUGGGCAGAGAAAGUGUUCAUACAAAUGGAGCAGCAAUACAAGUGUCCUCCCAACAUUAUAACGUAUAACGAGCUACUAGAUGGGCUCUCAAAGGCAAACCGGAUAGAAGAAGCUUAUAGUCUCACCCGAGAGAUAUCCAUGAGAGGUGUGGAGUGGAGCUCGUCUACUUACAACACGCUUUUACAUGGGUCAUGCAGUGCAGGUCUCCCAGGGAUAGCUCUGCAGCUAGCAGGGAAAAUGGUGGUUGAUGGUAAGUCUCCGGAUGAGAUAACGAGGAAUAUGAUAGUAUUAGCGUAUUGCAAACUCGGGAAGGCUGAGAGGGCUGUUCAGAUGUUGGAUCAAGUUUCUUCAUGUGGAGGAAGAAAGUGGCGGCCAGAUGUAAUCUCAUACACAAAUGUGAUAUGGGGGUUAUGCAGUUCUAAUUGUAGGGAAGAUGCAGUUAUUAUUCUGGAGAGGAUGAUAAGUGAAAGGAUUCUCCCAAGUGUUGCUACGUGGAAUAUAUUGCUUCGUUGUUUUAUCAUUGAUGACAACUUGAGCUCAUGAUCAGUUUACCAUAUGACAUGUCAAAACUUGUUCAGUUCAUCUAUGUAUUGAGUUAGAAGCAUAAACUCUGGAGGAUAUAUGGGAAUCAUGUGAUCACAUGGAAGCUUUUCGGUAUGUGACACUGAGAAUACAUUGGCAAAUAUGAUGAGACAGUCCGUCAAAGAGUGUUUCCUCAAGGAGAUAGCUCUAGAUUCUCGGGCCAAGGUUUUGAGUUUAUAUUCUUUUGUGUAUAAUAGAUAGUUCGUUGAUGAAUAGAACAAUAUGUUAUGAUAUUGUAACCCUUGAUUGAAAGUUAUGAACUCAUGAUCAAAAGAUAAUGUUGAAGUUUCCUUGAGCUUUAAGAUCUCACAUGAGAUUAUAAUAUUGAACUUGAUUAUGUGCUAUAGAAUUCAACAUGGAGCACAGCAAUCUCUAUCUCACAUUUGCCUACAGCGCUCGUGAAGAAAAUUUCCGAAAACAUGAUAACAAAACAAUCAAUCCUAACGUCAAGAGAUUACACGGAAAACUCUAAGCUGUUAUUUCCAUAUCUGGUCGGUGAUGUAAUAUUUGUAAAUGAUGUAAAGGGGUGGAGAUUUUCGUAUUAAUAGUCAAGAAUAAACAAGCUCGAUCAA